GGGUAGGAAGACAGCUCUUCCGGGUUAGCUUCCGCUGCUCGCCUGUCACACGUCUCCGUUUGUAUUUAUUAUUAUUAUUAUUAUUGUUUUUAUUUGGUAUUAAAUACAUCUCCAGCAUGUCGCCGAUGUGUGUGCAGGAGGCCGAGCAGCAUGGACGCCCGGGAGGAGCUGAGUGCGCACCAGCUGCUGGCGAGAAAAGUGCAACAUGAACGACGAGGUGAGUGCGCGACGCGAGGUCACAACAUUAGGGACAGUGAUGGCGGCCCUCUCCUUGCAGGACUGCUGAGUUCUCUCCACAAGCUCUUCGGGAACCUCAACACGCUGCACGUCCACGCCGUCAGCCGCCUCGAAUGCGCCGGUUCCUGCCCGGACCUGACGAUGAGCAGGCGGGACGUGGCGGACAUGCAGCGGCCUGUGCCCGUGGCCCUCAUGCCCCAGCUGGGCCCCAGGCUCCACCGGCCCCUGUGCGUGUCCGUGUCGUCCGACAGCAGCGGGCGCUUCAAAGCCCUGCAGACGCAGGAGUGGAAGAACAACCUCAAAGCUCAGAUGGAACAGGCGCACAGCGCGGGCGCCGCCAGCAGCACGGGCUCGCUGGAGCGCGCCUCCUUGUUCUACGCCUCGGGCGGUCCGGCCGAGCUCCUGAACAAGAACAAGUCUUCGGGCCGCUUCUCUCGCUUUUCGCCGCCGUGGAACAGCAGCUCGGAGUCGGAGUCCAACCCUCCGUCGCGUAGCGGCUCCAAGAAGCUGCGGAACUACAGCCGGAGGGCGGCCACGGGCCCGGCCGGGGCGGAGCCCAAAGGCGGCGGCCCGCAGCAGAUUCAGUACUUCGAGCCGCUCAUCUCCAAGGUGACGGACUACAUCUUCGUGGGCAACCUCAACGCGGCGUACAACGGGCGGGCGUUGUGCCGCAACAGCAUCGACAGCAUCAUCGACAUGAGCGGGGCGCCGGGCGAGGCGGGGCCCAGCCUCAGCCUCAUCCCGUGCACCUGCUCCCGCGGCGGCGUGCGCCACAGCUGGUCCCGGCUGAAGGUGGACAUCGGCGACGUGAAGCAGCGCUGCUUCGAGGACAUCAACGACUGCAUCGAAGCCUCGGCGCAAAAGAGGAAGCGCGUGCUGGUGCACUGCCGCGACGGCUUCUCGCUGGCGCCCACCUGCGUCAUCCAGUACCUGAUGGUCAAGCGCGACAUGAGGCUCAUCGCCGCCUACGAGCUGCUCCGCGCCAAGUACCCGCUCAACAUCCGCGAGGGCCACCAGAACCUUCUGGUCAGCCUGGAGAGGACGCUUCGGCCCGGGGACGUGGACCCGCAGAGCUUCAAACAGGCCAUCUCCAGGAAGGUGGCCUGGACCUGACUCUUUCAUCCCAGUCCUGGAGAGACCCCCUGUAAAGUGACAACUGGUCUACGGGUCGGUGCCAUCAGAACCUGUCAGAUUGGUGCUGGUGUGUGGCCUCUAGUUUUGUUUGUGUAGAUGUUCUGAUCCAAGCCACAAGGUGGACCUGCUGCGCCUGCGCUGUCCUCUGUGAGGAACACCUGCUGGCUUCUCCGCAGCAGAGUCCAGGAUGUGGGCCAUGCCUCACACACUGCAAUUACAACAGGUGUCAAACUCAAGGCCCGGGUGCCAGAUUGGGCCCGCCACUUUAUUUGAUGUGGCCCGACGAUUUGUUUAAAGUGGUCUUCAACGUUAUUUAAAGUGGCCCCUCACAUCAUUUUAGAUUGUCCGCCUUUUAUUGACAUGGUCCGCCACAUUAUUUAACGUGGUCUGUCAAAUUCAUUUUAUCUGGCCCGUCACCUCAUUUGUUUAGGCCCGCUACAUCAUUUUUUGGUCCAUCAUGUGAUUUUAAAGUGGCCUGUCGCAUUAUUUUAUUUGGCUUGCCACAGUAUUUAACAUUGUCUGUCAAUUAAUUUUAUCUGGCCUGUCACAUCAUUUAAUUUGGCCCGCUACAUCGUUUUUGGUUUUUUUUGGUGCACCACGUGAUUUAAUUUGGCCUGCCUUGUAAAUAAUGAGGUCCGCAACAUUAUUUAAAGUGGUCCAUCAUGUCAUUUAAUCUGACCCGCCUUGUAUAUAAUGUGGUUCGCCACAUUACUUAAAAUGGCCCGUCACGUCAUUUAAAUUGGCCUGCCUAAUAUAUAAUGUGGUCCGCCACGUAAUUUUACGUGGCAUGCUACGUCAUUUAGUUUGGCUCGUCAUGUGGCCUGCCUUUUAUACAAUGUGGUUCGCCAUAUUAUCCAACAUGGUCCGCCAUAUUAUCCAACAUGGUCCGUUACGUCAUUUUAAGUGGCCUGCCUUCUAUAUAAUAUGGUCUGUCACGUCAUUUUAUUUGGCCCGUCAAAUCAUUUUAUCUGGCCCAUCACAUAUAUAUUGUGGUCCACCACAUUAUUUAACAUGGUUUGCCACAUCAUUCAAAGUGGCAUGUCAUGUCAUUUUAACUGACCCGUCACGUCAUUUUACUUGGCUGGUCACGUCAUUUUACUUGGCCCGUCAUAUUUUUAUUUGGCCCUUCAUUUUAUGUUGCCCGCUACAUAAUUUUACUUAACCGGUCACGUAAUUUUAAUUGACCUGUCUCGUAAUUUUAUGUGGCCCGUCAUUUAAUUGGCCCGCUAUGUCAUUUUAGUUGGCCCGGUACGUAUAUAUUGUGGUCCACCACGUUAUUUAACAUGGUCUGCCACAUCAUUCAAUGUGGCCCGUCUCCACGUUUUAUUUGGCCCGUCAUUUUACGUGGUCCGCUAUGUCAUUUUACUUGGCUGAUUACGUCAUUUUAUUUGGCCUGUCGCAUCAUUUUAAGUGGCCUGUCAUUUAAUUGGGCCGCAUCAUCAUUUUAUUUGGCCCGUCAUGUCAUUUUACUUGGUCCGCCGCAACAUUUUACGUGUCCCGUCAUUUAAUUGGCCCGCUACUUCAUUUAAAUUGGCUUGUCCUGUCAUUUUAUUUGGCCCGUCACAUUUUAUUUGGCCCGUCCCGUCAUUUUAAAUUGCCCGUCACGUAUAUAUUGUGGUGCACCACAUUAUUUAACAUGGUCUGCCACACCAUUCAAUGUGGCCCGUCACGUCAUUUUAUUUGACCCGUCGCGUAAUUUAUAAUGGCCCGUCAUUUAAUUGGCCCGCUACGUCAUUUUAGUUGGCCAGUCACGUCAUUUUAUAUGGCCCGUCCUUUUUUUAUUGUGGUCCACCACAUUAUUUAACAUGGUCUGCCAUGUCAUUCAAUGUGGCCCGUCACCUCAUUUUAGCUGGCCCGUCUCCACAUUUUAUGUGGCCCGCUACGUCAUUUUACUUGGCCCGCCGCAUCAUUUUACGUGUCCCGUCAUUUAAUUGGCCCGCUACGUCAUUUUAGUUGGCCCGUCACGUCAUUUUAUAUGGCCCGUCCUUUUUUUAUUGUGGUCCACCACGUUAUUUUUCAUGGUCUGCCACGUCAUUCAAUGUGACCCGUCACCUCAUUUUAACUGGCUCGUCUCCACAUUUUAUGUGGCCCGCUACGUCAUUUUACUUGGCCCGUCACGUAUAUAGUGUGGUCCACCCCAUUAUUUAACAUGGUUUGCCACGUCAUUCAAUGUGACCCGUCUCCUCAUUUUAUUUGGCCGGCUACGUCAUUUUACUUGAUAGAUCACGUCAUUUUACUUGGCCCGUCACGUCAUUUUACUUGGCCCGCCGCAUCAUUUUACGUGUCCCGUCAUUUGAUUGGCCCGCUACGUCAUUUUAGUUGGCCCGUCACGUAUAUAUUGUGGUCCACCACAUUGUUUAACAUGGUCUGCCACGUCAUUCAAUGUGGCCCGUCACAUCAUUUUACAUGGCCCGUCUCCUCAUUUUAUUUGGCCCGUCAUGUGACCUGCUACGCAAUUUUACUUGGCUGGUCACGUCAUUUUAUUUGGCCCGUCGCAUCAUUUUACGUGUCCUGUCAUUUAAUUGGCCCGCUACUUCAGUUUAAUUGGCCUGUUACGUCAUUUAAAUGGCCUGUCACGUAUAUAGUGUGGUCCACCCCAUUAUUUAACAUGGUUUGCCACGUCAUUCAAUGUGACCCGUCUCCUCAUUUUAUUAGGCCGGCUACGUCAUUUUACUUGGCCCGUCGCAUCAUUUAUCUGGCCCGCUACUUCAUUUUAUUUGACCCAUCACGUCAUUUUAUGUGGCCCGUCAUUUAAUUGACCCGUUACUUCAUUUUAUUUGGCCUCUUAAGUCAUUUUAUUUGGCCCGUCACACUUUAUUUGACCCGUCACGUCCUUUUAUAUGGCCCGUCAUUUAAUUGGCCCGUUACUUCAUUUUAUUUGGCCUGUUAAGUCAUUUUAUUUGGCCUGUCACAUUUUAUUUGGCCCGUCACGUCAUUUUAAAUUGCCCGUCACGUAUAUAUUGUAGUGCACCACAUUAUUUAACAUGUGGCCCUCACAUCAUUUUAUGUGGUCUUUUAACGUAUUUUAAAGUGUCCCGCCACUUCAAUUAAUGUGACUUGCUAUGUCAUUUAAGAGGACCUACCACAACAUUUUGUCGUCUGCCACAUCAAUUAAAUUGGCCCUCUGAGGGCUGCCAUAAAUGCAGAGUGGCCCUCAAAAUAAAAGGAGUUGACACCCAUGUUGAAGACUGAGUCAAACAAACAUUUGAUGGUUGUUGUUGACCUACCUGCCUAAGAAGGAAGGACCAAGGAGAUGAUCCACUUCUUGGAAACCACCACGGUCCAAAAAUUGGACAUUUUAUUUCUGUUUGACAAAAGUUAGCUUUGUCUGCUAUUCUUACACAAUCCCAUCCGUUUGGGGCCCCAUGGUGUGUAAAGAAGCGCACACAGUGUCUGUGAACGACUGUCUUCCCAGCCCCUUCCUGCUCCAUCAUUGACCAGAAUACAACGCCACCCAACUUCCAUCCCAUGGCGUGGCGUUCAAAUCCUGGCGUUAGUUGAGUUAGGAAGGAUAGAAGAUUUAUGUUAGUGAUACUAAAAAUUUUACUUUGCACUAAAAAAAAAAUAUAUACAUUUUAAAUUUAUUUUAGUGCCAAACUUGCAUCUAAUUCCGGGGUGUCCAAACUUUUUCCACUGAGGGUUGCACACUGAAAACUUAACGCACACGGCGGCCAUUUUGAUAUUUUUCUUUUUCAAAACCAAUAAAAUAUAUUGAUUUUUUUUUUUUUUUUUUCGUUUAGGGCUCCUCUCAAGUUUGGUACUGGGGACCCGUCUUUUUUUUUUUUUCCAAAGCUUAAAUCUCUGGAUCAACUUCAGAUCUGUCGAUGCAAAGUUUAGAUUUUUUUAUGCCUUUUUUUUAACUAAAGAAAACCCGUUUUUUUAUGGCAAAAAGACAAAAUAGGCAAUACUUCCCCUCAAAAAAUGGCAACAUGGAAUAUUUGAUAAGUAAUUAGAGACUUGAAUAGAUAAAUAAUUCAUAACAUUGAUUUUUCUUCUUUUUUUUUGGAGCCAAAAAAAAGAAAGAAGUCCAACAAAUCCAUCCAUCCGUCCAUUUUUUCUACCGCUUGUCCCUUUUGGGGUGGCGCGGGGUGCUGGAGCCUACCUCAGCUGAAUUUGGGCGGAAGGCGGCGUACACCCUGGACAAGUUGCUACCUCAUCACAGGGCCAACACAGAUAGACAGUCAUCAAGCACCCCCCACGACCCAAAAAGGGACAAGCAGUAGAAAAAAGAUAGAUUUUUCUAUUCUUUUUUUUUUUUUUUUUUUGGAGCAUCCAUCCAUCCAUUUACUACCGCUUGUCCCUUUUGAGGUCGCGGAGGGGCGCUGGUAACUAUCUCAGCUACAAUCGGGCGGAAGGCGGUGCACACCCUGGACAAGUUGCCACCUCAUCACUGGGCCAACACAGAUAGACAGUCAUCAAGCACCCCCCGCAACUCCAAAAGGGACAAGCAGUGGAAAAUGGAUGGGUUUUUCUAUUCUUUUUUUUUUUUUAACAAAAAAAGAAAAGUCCAACCAUAAUUAUUGGGAUCCAUUAAUAAGUGUUUAAAAUAAAUAAAUUGGCCUUAGUGUGUGAAUGUUGUCUGUCUAUCUGUGUUGGACCUGCGAUGAGGUGGAGACAUGUCCAUGGUGUACACUGCCUUCCGCCUGAAUGCAGCUGUGAUAGGCUCCAGCACCCCCCGCAACCCUAAAAGGGAUAAGCACUAGGAAAUGGAUGGAUUUUUUUUUUUGAGCAAAAAAAGAAGUCCAACCAAAAUUAUUGGGUAUCCACUCAUAAGUGUUCAAAAUAAAUAUAUAAUAAAUAUUUAUACUUUCAACACUUAAAUAUCUAGAUCAACUUCAGAUCAUUAUGUUACUUUUUUUUUGUAAUAGAAAACAUCAAAAUAUGCAAUUUUUCCCCUUAAACUAUUUUAAAGGAAGUAAUUGGUGCUAUCAAUAAUUCAUAACCAUCCAUCCAUUUAUCUACCGCUUGUCCCUUUUGGGCUCGUGGGGGAUGCUGGAGCCUAUCUCUGCUGCACAUGGGCGGAAGGCGGGGUACACCCUGGACAAGUUGCCACCUCCUCACAGGGCCAACACAGACAACAUUCACACUCACAUUCACACACUAGGGCCCAUUUAGUGUUGCCACUCGACCUAUAAUUCAUAACAUUGAUUUUAAUUUCGUAUGUUUUUAUUUAUUUUUUUGCAUUUUAAAGAAUAAAACAGGCUAAAUUGCUGCUUAGUUUUUUGCUUGUAGCAUUUUUAAAAUGUACCGUGGGCCGUCAAUUUAUCAGCUGCAGGCUGCAAAUGGCCCCCAGGCUGCACUUUGGACACCUCUGAUGGACUAAUAUAAAAAUGAGCCAUUUUAAAGGCCUACUGAAACCCACUACUACCGACCACGCAGUCUGAUAGUUUAUAUAUCAAUGAUGAAAUAUUAACAUUGCAACACAUGCCAAUCGGCCUUUUUAGUUGACUAAAUUGCAAUUUUAAAUUUCGCGCGAAGUGUCGUGUUGAAAACGUCGGUAUGAUGACGCGUGUGCGUGACGUCUCGGAUUUUAGUGGACAUUUUUUUCCAGCCUGAUCCCACCUUUAAGUAGUCUGCUUUAAUCGCAUAAUUCCACAGUAUUCUUGACAUAUGUGUUGCUGAAUCUUUUGCAAUUUGUUCAAUUAAUAAUGGAGACGUCAAAGAAGAACGAUGUAGGUGGGAAGCGUAUUCCAGCUGCCUUUAGCAACACAAACAUAGCCGGUGUUUCCUUGUUUACAUUCCCGAAGGUGAAGCUUUACUAUGGAACAGAGCGGUCAAGCGAACAUGGUUCCCGACCACAUGUCAACCGGCAUUUUUCGGUGAGAAAAUUGUGGGAAUAAGUCGGCUCUUACCGUAGACAUGAGUGGAGCUUGCGUCGUUCCUCGUGCACCUGUCAAAGAGGAAGCUGCGUGGCUUCCCUCAGAGACACUGGCGGUCACCACACCCCUCCGACUUUCAGGUACGACAGUAUAACCUCACUACAACACUAGUAACACAAUAAGCAGAUAAGGGAUUGUCCAGAAUUAUCUUAGUAAAUGUGUCUACUAACAUCUGAAUCACUCCCACUACCCUGUCUAUUUUUUUAUUUAUUUGUUUUCUAGUCCUUUACUCUCACUAUCCUCAUCCACAAAUCUUUCAUCCUCGCUCAAAUUAAUGGGGAAAUCGUUGAUUUCUCGGUCCGAAUCGCUCUCGCUGGUGGCCAUGAUUGUAAACAAUGUGAGGGUGUGAGGAGCUCCACAACCCGUGUACAGGCAAGGCUUUUUUAUUAGCGACCAAAAAUUGUGAAUUUUAUCGUGGUUUUCUACAAAAUCCUUUCAGCAAAAAUAUGGCAAUAUCGCGAAAUGAUCAAGUAUGACACCUAGAAUGGACCUGCUAUCACCGUUUAAAUAAGAAAAUCUCAUUUCAGUAGGCCUUUAAAGUAAAAAGUGUGAGAGAAUAAGACAUAAAACUUAGCCAUGUUUUUCCAAUUAGCGCCAAGCUAAGAUGUUAGCAUUUUAAAGCUACGUCGCUGUUUUUUUUUUUGUUUUUUUUUUUUAAGUUUGACCAACAAAAAUCAUUUCGAGUUGAUUUUUACUUCUUCAGUUUAAAAGUGUCAAAAAUGCUCCGUUGUGAUAAAACUGUUAACUUUUGAAGUUUUUAUGCAAAGGGGAGGCGGAAGUCAAUGUGAAGUGGUUAGCUUGUUAGCUAACUUGUGCGGUGACCUUCAACGUUUCGUUUGUGAGUUCCAAGUGAAACGUGACUUUUGAAAUGUUUUUUUUUUUGGUGGGGUUUUCUGCUGGCGAAACUUUCGCCUUCGGUGUUCUCAGGUGACUCCUCAGUGGUUUAAUCAUUAAAAUAAUUUCAAAAUAA